CGUACAGUCGACAUGAACAGCCUAAAGAAUGUGGUUAAAUAAUGUAGCUUCCUUAGAUGUCAAGUAUCGAGAACAUCGGUCUUACUGUGCAUAUACGCACACUUACAAGAGCAAAAAUUACCAGGACAGAGAGAACUGAAUUCUUAAAAGACACUAUCAACUGGUAAUUAUAAGGGACGCUUGAGAUCACAGAAUUGAUCAUGGACAUGAAGAAAACUGGUCUUGCCUUUUCUGGAGGUGGAAUUCGUUCGGCAGCUCUWUGUUCUGGUGUUUUGCGUAGGCUUCUUCAAAAAAACGUUGUUAUCGAUUAUCUUAGCACAGUGUCUGGUGGGGGUUACACAGGGGUGUCUUACUUGGACUGGAAAUAUCGCAAACAAUCAUCAGACGACCCAGUAUGGCACAAAGAAUUCUUUGAACGGAUGCGUGAGCACAGCAAUGCCCUUUGUGAUUGUUAUCGUCCAUGUAUUGGUAUUUUAGAUGGAGCCGCAAAUUUCUUUUUGAUUUUGUUCUGGUCUCUGGGUAUAACUAUUGUUAAAGGAUUUUCACUGCUUAUUCCUACCGUGAUAAUUCUGGACUAUAUCUUUGGAAGCAUACUUCGCGACCAGUUCUCAUGUUUCGAAGAAAACGCUAACAUCACAAUACCUGGAAUGCCACAUAAAGUUCUAAUACGGAGAUGCAUCCCCAAAAUUGGCCCACAAAUGCUUAAUAUGUUUAACGUAUACUUCAGCUUGUUCACCGUGUUUGUAAUAUCGUAUUACCUCAGCACACUUACCAGGCGACGAACCCCAAAGUACUUCCUGGUACUUAUMGCCCAGGUAUCGAUAUACACGUUAACUAUGAUCUUCCUACCUACGUUUAUUGAAACGUAUAGUAGCUUCACCCCACCAUGGGCUCGUUUCUUUAUUUUGGGUGUCACUCUAUUAGCAUGGAUUGGAUUGCCUUCUAUGAGAGACAAGACAUCGUUGGCACUCAUGGCUCUGAUCUUUGCUUAUUUCAUCAAAUGGAGAGUGUACCAAACCGACUUGUUCGGUAUUCAAUACACACAUAGUCUGUUUUGGAAGAUGGUGUGGGCGUCUGGGAUUUUACUGUGGAUUCAUCCAUACAUCGUGAUGAUACAGAUGUACUCUUGGCAUGCUUAUGCAACGUGGAAACACGAAAGAACAUACUUUUCUCCUGAGAGUCGUUCUGCAGCUUUACUAAGGCUCUGCAGCUGCUCUCGAGCUAAUGCAGAGAAAUACAGGACGGUAACGAUGAGUGAUUUAGUCGACGUCCAGCCUUCAUUGAAAUGCAAUGUUACUGUUAAUAACUGGCGUAAAUCGAACGCUCUUGAUGAACAAGACUUUGAGAUACUUACCUUCUCGCCAACAUCAAUCGAAAGGAUUGAUCGUGACGAAGACGACCCAGAGUUUGGUGCUAAAGGAUUUUUGAAGCCGAAAGAUAUUUCACUUUCGGAUGCAAUGAUGACAUCGGCUGCUGUGCUGUCUUACGAUCUCGGAAGCUUUGAAGACCGAAGCCACUCUUUUCGUGAAAUAAGAGUUUUACUUGGGCUUGGCUUUGGAAAUAUUCUUUUGGCACAGCCUGGUCUAACAAAGUCGUGGAUGUCAUUGGGGAUCACCUUCAUUAUUCAAUUGCUCUUUGGCGUAGUUAUAAUCGCUUUGCCACUUGGACUGUACUUUGAGGCUCUUAAGGAUUGGGAUUUCUGGGUACGUCUUGGGGUGAUCACAUUCAUCUGCUGUUUUUUGUUGAUGUCGAUUAUCGCCGUGCUACCAACUGGUGAUGUUAGUAGAGGAUAUUUUGACAAAUUUGUAAGAUGGUGUAUAAUCAACAUCAUUCACGUCAGGAUUAUGCGCACCAUAUUUGGGGUGACCAAUGUUGGUUCUGUUCCUCCUCCAAUCAUGUCUUUGAGUGAUGGUGGACAUGCAGAGAAUCUUGGGAUACUUCCACUSUUAAAACUACGUUUACCAMRAAUCGUUGYGGUAAAUGGUGGAGUGUUAUUUCCUGGAGAGGAUGAUGCAACGGAACUUCUUAAAGCAGUGAAACAAGCGAGACAAAAACUUCGGUGCUCUUUCACAGGGAUGAACGGUCGAGACAUCGAAGAAGACGUCCGUGCUGAGUUUGUUGAUAAGCCUACCGGAAAAAAGCCGAGAAGCUAUCUAUUCAAGGUUUAUUACUAUGACAUCAUUGAUAAAGAGGAAAUGUUAGUUGGUGAAGGAGACAUCCUAUAUCUAAUGCCAAGACACCCUGAAGAUGGAUUCAAGGAGUUUGAGAACUUUAGAUGGCGCGACUGCGACGGAGAGGUUAAACUCGAUCUCGACGAGACUACUUGGGGUCGAGGACCUGGAUUGACGACGUCUGAAGCUGAGCGAUUAUCUGGUUGCUGCUUUGAGUUCUGCCACUGGAAGUUAUUUAACAAAAUAUUGAAUCCUUUAAUGGGAAUUUUUCCUUUCCAAUCGACUUUCAAUCAAAUGUUUACGCCUUCACAAUUCAGCGCAUACCAUAGAGAAGGCUAUCGUAUGGGUCUGGAAAGCAGGGCGGCUGAAUUUCUUUCUCAAGCUUACAAGGACGAUGAUGACAUUAUUACAAAACCUUUCCUCAAAUCAGUUUCAAUUGAUGAAACGAAGUUCUGACGCUUGUAAAGAUUUUUAAGCCAAAUUUUUACUUUUAGAAUGUCCUUGGACAGUUAGUCUUUUAWGAUAUSAAAMUGUCACAAAAAUGUUCUGAAAAAAAAAAGARUUUUUGAG